UUUCGCAGUUUUGGUGGAAAUUUUUUUUCGCUGUUUUGGCGGGAAAAUGCUUUUUGCGGUUUUGGCGGGAAAUAUAUUUUUUGGUUUUAGUGGAAAAUAUGUUUUGACGAAAAAUUGUGUUUUCCGUUUCUGGAAGGAAAAUAUUUUUCGCGGUUUUUUGGGAAAACUUUUUUACGGAUUUUGGCGGGAUAUUAUUUUUUGCAGUUGACGGAAAAAUUUGUUUUGACGAAAAAUUGUGGUUUUGCGGUUUUGUGGGAAAAUGUUUUUUUCGCGGUUUUGGCGGGAAAAUGCGCUUUUGGUUCAGUUCGUUUAACAAUGUUAGGAACCGAAUGACAUCCAUUAAAAUUUUGGAUCCAAUUUGGUUCCGUUUUUUCGGUUCCAUUUUUUUGGUUAAUUUUGGAUAAUUCGUGUGAAAAAACAGUUUUUUUUUUUGUUUUUCAGCGUAAAUAUCAAGUAAUUUUAAAUUAAACAUAAUUAAUAUUUAUGAUAUGUAAACUGUAUUUUAGAUAUUCAGGUACAUAUACGGUUUGGUUCUAGUUCGGUUCUACAAUAUUAGAACCAUUCAGUUAUUUGUGAACUUUGGUUUGGAUUUGGAUUCAACUUUUUCGGUACACUUUCAGUUCGGUUUUCGGUUUUUAUGCAUUACAUGCCUAGAAAAUACCCUAAAACACACAAAUCGAGUUUCGACCAGGAAAAAAUGAUAUUCAAAAUUUAAGCCCAUUGGCCCAAAUAGGGCCCAAUAUCGUGUUAUUCAUCAAGACUUAGAUGAACAUGAACGACGGGGGACUUCAUGUGGCGUCUUCUCAAAGAGUUCUGUAAAUCAAAGAGAGAAUUAUCCUCUAACCGAAACGGGAAACUAGGUAUUUGCUGGUAUGUAUUCUCCGAUCCUCCAUGGAAGAAGGUCAGCCGAGUUGCAGAAAUGUCGUAAAUUUGAGAUAUUCAGUGAACCCUUUACCAAAUGCAUCUGCCUUAUUCAGUCUCUUCUCCUCUGCUGCUGCAUUUGCUACUGACGUGAGGUCUCGAAAAGUUUCGAGGACAAGGGCAAUCCUGAUUCUGUUCAAGAGUCAUGGGUUCACAGAUUCUCAGAUCUCCACCAUCGUCACAGACUACCCACUGUUGCUUAUAGCAGAUGCUGACAAGUCUCUUGGUCCCAAGCUUCAGUUUCUUCAGUCUAGAGGAGCUUACUGUGCCUAUUUCAAAAGUUCCAAGAAUCUUAGGUACUCCAGGGGACAAAAUCAUAAGCAGCUACUACGAUUUCGUUUAAGAGGUUAUAGAAGCAGACAAGAAGAGUUCCAAGCCCGGAACUUUUAUUUGCCACAGGGAAACAAACUGAGAAACGUUUCGCUUCUGAGAGACUUAGGCGUGCCUCAGAAGAGGUUGCUUGGGGCCAGCUACUCUUGUAUUUUUUCCUCUUUCCAUCCAUACACAAAGCGCAGAGCGCCUAGACGUAGUGUACUUAAAAGUGGCAAAUAGUUUACUCAUCAGCCCUCUCCACUGGAACUUCCACCGGAGCUGCGGAGGUUUCCACGGCAGCUACUUCAGUUGGUUUCUCCUCCUCUGCUUCUGGCUUCUUCUCUUCCUCCACAACCGCUUCUUCUUCUUUCUUGAUCUCCUCAGUCUCCAUUUUUGUUUCCUCUGCUUCUUCAGUUGGUUUCUCUGUUUCUUCAGCAACCACGUCUUUAUUCGUUACUUUUACUGGAGUUCGUUUUCUGUUACGGGAGCCUCGGUGGUUUCCUCCGGCUCCGCUGUCUUUGGUGGUGGCACCUCGACGUUCUCAGCUGCAGCUGGAGCCACUUGUUCAACCCUGUCAAACUCUUUCGUCACAUAGAUAUUAAAAAUAAAAACUGCGUGACGUUUUUCGUUUGGAAAAAAACAGCAAGUAAGUUGUUCUUUUGCUACCAAUUAUCCCCUAAUUUUAAGCUAUUAAUUUUGCUUACGUAUCAGGCUCAGCCUAGAAAUCCAUUGGAAAAUAUGUUUGUCCAAAUCUAAUUGCCAGGGAAUGUAUGUAUACGAAAUAUGAAAUAUGAUAUAAUUUUGGAUUAUUUAACCUA